AUGAUGUCUCUACCGGGAUCCUCAGUCGCCCCAGCCUCAACAGAUGCUGGGCAGCUGGCAACAGGGGAUUGCAUUGGAUUCCCACAGUGGAGUGCGAGGGCAGGGUCCUCGUUCUCACAGGCUGCGCUGCUGACCUCUGGAACAGGCAGGCUGUCCGGCUUUUGGAGUUUGCUGGGGGUUGUCCCAGACUUAUGGAGUCCCGGGGGGGGCCGGCCUUGGACUGGCGAGGCCCUCUGGUUGAGCUGCGCCAGCCUGCGUCUGAUGUCCUGCCGCAGAGCCUUCAGGGCUGCGGCCUGCUGGGAUGCGUGGCUGGAAGCGCAUACCAGAGGCCCCACGCUGCGAGAAGGUGUGCCAUCCAACGGCCGGGGUGUGAACUUGGCGGGCGACUUGGCGGGUGACGUUGGUUGCUGCGCUGACCUGCCGGCUCCAGGCUUGGCAGGACUCCCAUUGCGAGUCAUUGCACUGUGCCUGGCUUUGAUCUGA